UUCUCUAUACAUUUCUUCUAACAAUAUUUUUCAGCAUAUUAACACAACAAAUUAUCGGAGCCUCAUAAAUUACUCUGCGAAUAGCGAAUAGAAGAAUAAAAUAAAGCCCUAUGACAACUCGACAACAAUCAGUAAUGUCAAUACCGAAAACGAUUUUUUUAGUGAAAUUGUUGUUUGUUGUUGCUAUUAUAAGAAAUUUAUUCCGUAGGUUUUCCGCAAUAUGGCAUGUAGUGGUAUUUUUCUGGGUGGCCUAUGCAAACAACCAUUUUUACUUAUAAAUUCAAUUUGAAGAUGUCUCCGAAUUUUUUUUAAUUAAUCUUAUUUUAUUACCUGUAAUGUGCUCAUAGACAAGGGAUUUUACAAUAAAGACAAAAAGAUAGACAACAAAUUAUAACCAACAGCUGAGCGUCAAAAACUCACUGACAAAUUAAUAUUGUAAUUUAUAUUUUUAUAUUAUGGGCGACGAAGAAUUAAAUUCUAGUAUAAAAUGUGAAACACGUAGGUAUAAUGUUAUAAUAAUUGGCGGUGGAAUGGCUGGUCUUGCCGCUGCAAAUUACUUUAUUAAAAAUGGUAUGGAGGACUUUAUUAUACUUGAAGCUAGGAAUCGUAUCGGCGGAAGAAUAAUUUCAAUACCUAUGAAAAACCACAAGGUUGAACUAGGUGCGAAUUGGAUCCACGGUGUUUUGGGUAAUCCAAUAUUUGAAAUUGCUACUGCCAAUGGACUUGUAAACAUUAUUAACAUACCUAAGCCUCAUAAAGUUAUAGCGGCGACUGAGGAUGGGAAACAAGUACCCUUUGGUGUUCUACAAGAAAUACACGAAGCAUACGUUUGUUUUCUAAGACGGUGCGAAGAAUACUUUUUGUGCCAGUACCUACCACCACCUGACAUUAAUAGCGUAGGUGAGCAUAUAAAUCUCGAAGCCACAAUAUACCUCGAGCGUCUGCCAUCGUCGGAAGAAAAGAAAUUGAGACGCCUAAUAUUUGACUGCCUAUUGAAGCGUGAAACCUGCAUAUCAGGUUGUAAUAAUAUGGAUGACAUUGAUCUUUUAGAAUUAGGCAGUUAUACAGAAUUACAAGGAGGGAACAUAAUGAUUCCGUCAGGUUAUAGUGGUAUUUUGGAACCAUUAAAGAAGCUGAUAGCUCCAGAAAAAAUAUUGACCAAUCAUCCAGUAAAAAAGGUCAUAUGGGAUUCUGACCAACACACUGCUAGACAACUAGAUGAUAUGGGAGAGGAAUCAGAGGAUUCAGAUCAAACAGUAAUUGAAGACAUUUCAAGAGCAAAUUCUGAUAAGGCAAAUAAUUCCGAAGUGACUGCACCACUUACAGAAACACCUCAGAAACCAAAGAAAAAGUUAUUGCAUAAUGUAGAGGUUAUUUGUGAAAAUGGCCAGAGCUUUUAUGCAAAUCAUGUCAUAUGUACAAUUCCUUUAGGUGUUUUAAAAGAUAAUGCAAAUACAAUGUUUGAGCCUGCAUUACCACGGUACAAAAUUGAAUCUAUAGACAGACUGCUUUUUAGUGCAGUUGAUAAAAUAUUUUUAGAGUAUGAAAGGCCAUUUUUGAAUCCUGAUAUAACAGAAAUUAUGCUUCUUUGGGAGACACCAUCAUGUCCAGAAGACCUAGCACAGUCAUGGUAUAAAAAAAUUUACUCUUUUAGUAAAGUAACAGAAACAUUGCUACUUGGCUGGGUAUCUGGUAAAGAAGCUGAAUAUAUGGAAACACUCUCUAUGGAUGAAGUAGCCGUUACAUGCACAAAAAUUUUACGCAAGUUUUUGAAUGAUCCUUUUGUACCAGAGCCACAAACAUGUGUUUGCACAAGUUGGAAAAAGCAGCCUUACACAAGAGGGUCGUAUACAGCAAUUGCUGUUGGUGCUAGUCAAAGUGAUAUUGAGAGUUUGGCACAACCAUUAUUUAAAAAUGUUCAUGAUAAGAAGCCCACAUUGCUUUUUGCGGGUGAGCACACACACAGUAGUUUCUAUUCGACAGUCCAUGGCGCAUAUUUAUCAGGUCAGACAGCAGCUCGUCGCUUAUUAGCUCCAGAUGAUAUCCCGGAGAGCACAUUGGAUUGCCCCGGAACAGCUGACUUGAACACGUGGAUACAAGGCGUACAAUUAGGAUAAAUAUUAUUGUUUAAUUUGUUUGUAUGUUGAAAGUUGUGAAUGAAAUUGAUCCAUAGGAUCCGUUAUUUUGUUUCUUUACAAGAUAAAGUGAUAUGCAAGGCAGUUUUUAACUGCAAUUAUAAAUGCACUUACAAUUUUUGUUAUUUAUUAUAAUUGUUGUUUAAUGGCCUACUGUUUGACUACCAUAGAGCCAAAGAAUUUGUGAUUUUGUUCCUAUACUUUUUUAAUGUGGCAACAUUUAUGAAUUUGACAUGCAUUUAGCAACAGUCUUUUGUAUUAUAUUACAAAAUUUUCAUAAAUUGGCAACUAAAUCUGUCACAAUGGGUGUUCUAUUUUUAUAAUCAAGACAAAUUGUAUUGUUUGUACUUCUAAUUCAAUUGUAAAAAAAUCUGGAAAUUUAAAUUUUGACAAAUAUUUCAUACACAUUCCUGCUAUAAAAUUAAAACGCUCAAUAUAAGACACUCGAAUUCUAAACAAUCAAGUUAAACGAAAAUUAAAGACACUUUAUUAUGUAUUGUUUGUAUAAAAUGUAUAUAGAUGUCAAAUUUAGUUGAAUUUUAAAGAGAUUUUUUUUGUCUUUCACACAAGCGCAUUUUUAAAACUACCAGUAUUAAAAUAGGUUAAGUUAUUCUAAAAAUUCGAUAUUAUUCAAUGUAACCGAUUAUUUAAUUUGGAAGCCAUUCCAAUGAUUGCUUAGUAAAUGAAAUAUUUAAUCAAACAGCCUGUGGUUAUAAUUAUUUAUCUUUGUAGAUUUGGCUCACAAACAUUUUUUAUAUGUACAACAAUAUAGUAAAUAGAAGAAAUUUGACGCGAGAAUAAAAAUUGUAAAACAUGACAGGAUUUAGGUUAAAAAUUUUGUCGUAAACAUUAGUGUAUAGAAAUUUAAUUUAGCUUAAAAUUAUAGGUGAUGAAUACAAUUUUUGUAUUUAUAUAAAUUAGUGCAUAUAUGUUUGUGAUUUGAGAUAAAUCAUAGAUUUAGUUUUUCAUUUUUAUGGAUACAUAAAUAAUGUAAAAGCUAUUUAACCAUGUAGUACUUUUCUAUAAAUGAAAUGGUGUACAAUCAAAGACUCGUUCAGUUCGUAGCUUGUUUUGCCUAUUGGAUUUUUCUAGUCAGAGCGAAGUUUUUUUAUGUCGCUUAAAUAAAUCAUACAAAA